UCCACAAAUAUCAUAAACAAACCAGAAAAAUGAGUGAGCUUUCCUACUCUCUCCCCUCUUGGGAUCUCCAUAACCUUGGAUCGCUCUUCAACCAAAACUUCAACCUAGAUGCAUGGGGGCUCAUUGAUGAAUCGCCGGAGCAUAUAUUAUGUUCGCCGGAGAUCGAUAUUGGGGACUUUUCCACCGGAUACCUUGAAGACGCACUCAUCGAAUUUGGUGGGAGAAGCAAACGGCGACGUCUCUCGUUCAACGGUGCUGAGGACAUACCAAAUCAUGAUUUAGACAUUUCUCAGAAUCAUUGGGGCCUGUCGGAGAGUUAUAGUUGCACGAGUAGUCAGUUUGCAGAUGAAUCGCCAAAUUCUUCCAUCAAUAUAUGUUCAGAAGAAAAAUCCUCGAAUUUUUCAAAAAACUCUUUUGAACCAUCCUCGUCCACGCCAAAGAAGAACGACAAUGAGGAGAAGAAGAGGGUGGUGUAUCCAUUUGGAGUGGUGAAACCAGGUGGUCGAGAAGAAGAUGUAACCCUAAAUGACAUUAACAAGAGAAUUCUAAUGCCAUCUUCUCGGCCGGUUCGCCAUCCAGUUGGAGACUUUGCAUGCCGCCCGUGUGUCUCUGCAGAUGGACCGGGUCUGUCAGGCAAAGCCGUGGUUGCUUUCACGAAGAUACAAACACUAGGGAGUGGCACAAUUACUAUUAUAAGAACUAAGGGAUGAUAUAUGUAUUUGUAAUUACGCGGGCUCGUUAUAAUGAGAUCUCUUCUCGAUAUGUUGAAAAAAAUAUAUUAAUCACUGGUUAACAUAUUCAAACA